AACACUCUGCUAAUGCAUAAGCAUGUGCCUCAUAUACACCCAUUAAAAGAAAAAGAACAAACAUGGACUACCUCUUUAAGCCUUAAUAGUGAGUCCUGUCACUCACAGGGAGGGUUAGCGAUGCCAGAUUAUAACGAGAUUAACUGCCAAUUACUGUGUUGACUUUGAUUGUUGGUUUUGGUUGUUGGUUUUUUGAAAGCAAUUGUCAACACGACAAUGCUGUUGUCGCCUUCUGUUUGUGUGUGUGGGGGGCAAACAUUGUGCCAGCUGUUGGAUAUACAGUCGUGACGUAAAGGGAAGAUUAAACGUUCCCCUUUCAACUUUAUCAGUGAGGAAGAGCUUGUGUUGAGAUUUUUACGUCUGGGACCAUUUUGGGCCCCCCCCCCCCCCCCCAUCUAUCCGUCCAUCCAUCCACGUCCUCCUGACUGACAGCCAGACAUUAAGCUCGACUCCAAGUCUGUACAUAAAAACAGAGUGUGUGAGGUGCACGUUUUGCACUUCCUCUACAGUCAGACAGUUACGGUUCACCUGUCACUUUGAAAACGUGUGGUGCAGUGAAAUGUUGUCAGUGGUUUUUAACCGUCUUCAGGCCGUCGUUGUACACGCUUGUGUCAAGUGUAGGUGUAUCGGGAGGAGCAAUUGACGCACAGAGGUCGCGUCAGCUCUCCCGCUAGAGAUGAAUCGUCAAAGAAUGGUACGGAUGGAGAUUGGAUGUUAGAUGAGAGGAGGGAGCGUUCUUCCUCGAGGAUCAAAAGUGGAAUCUGGGAGACUUUUGACAGAUUAAGAGUGCGACGCUUGCGUAAUAACUCCACUUCCUUGUCGUGGUGCGUUAAGAUGCCACGCCAAUGUUCCCGUUUCCCCCCCCGAAGAACAUCUUCAACUGUGCCGCAGCUCAGCCGUAAUUUGUGUCUUGGACAAAACGGCUUGAUCCACUUUAGUCACACUUGGAAAUCAGGAUUAGAAAAAUCUCUUGGCAAGCAAUCUGAGAGCAGUCAAAUCAGGUCAGUCGGAAAUUCACAGAGAAGGAGAGAAGAAGGGAAAAAAGGCAGCCUGUGCUGUCAGUUGUGCUGUGUUCUUGUCGCCCAGAUGGAUGGCCAAUUUCCACUCCAGAUGUGCUCAGAAUUCAUCCCGACUCAAACUGGAGUGGCGUUCACAAACAAAAAACCCCACCUCUGACACUCAUAAGAGCGAGCUGCACACUGAUGGAGAGAGUGCAGGGAUAAUUGUAAUCAGGCUUGUGCCAGUUUUCAUUACCUUCCCAGAUACGAGGCCGUAAUGCGGCUCUGCACUUGACUGAGGGGGGGGGAAGAGGAGGAUGUUGUUGUGCGACUCAGUGCUUUUAUGGCAGGCGGGCUCGGUCAGAGGAAGAUGAAUCUGACAGCUUGAGAUGACCGGAGUCUUAAUCUGCUCUUGCCUGUUGGACGUGAUGUAAUCUCACAGUGCAGGAUUAAAUAGAACACACACAUACUCACAAAAGGAGUCAUGGCGUUUGCUGUGUGCUUUUCAAGGGUCACUGCACGGGUUAAUAGACUGUUUGAGGCAUCUGAGAACUGGACAACUGCAACAGUCCCCUCGCCUCGGCGCUGCCCCAUUCGUCCUUUCAGAGCUCCUCUCAGUCCUCGGUCAGAUAUGCCGCUUACAACGCCAAGCUCAACAGAAGAGACGGAGCAGGAGGCUGGUCCCCCAUGGUGACUGACCAGGGGCCAUGGAUCCAAGUGGACCUCAGGGAGCAGUUUGAGGUGACUGCUGUGGCCACACAGGGGCGCUACGACAGUUGGGACUGGGUCAGCAGUUACCUGCUGCUCUACAGCGACACGGGCCGUGUGUGGAAACAGUACAGGCACGAGGACGGCGUCGGGAGGUUUGUCGGGAAUGUGAAUUCAGAGGCCGUUGUCCAGAACAAGUUGUCUCAACCGGUGAGAACACGUUUCCUGCGCUUCAUCCCUCUCGACUGGAACCCCAGCGGCUGGAUGGGCCUCAGGGUGGAGGUGUACGGCUGCUCCUACAAAUCAUACGUGGCAGACUUUGACGGCAGAAGUUCGCUGCUGUAUCGGUUCAAUCAGAAGUCCAUGUCCACAGUGAAGGAUGUGAUCUCUCUGCGGUUCAAGAGCCAUCAGGCCGAGGGCGUGUUACUGCACGGAGUGGGGCAGAGAGGCGAUUACAUCACCCUGGAGCUUCACAGAGGAAGACUGGACCUCUACCUCAACUUAGACGACAGCAGGCUGAGGUUCGCUGCCGCUGUCACCGUGGGCAGCCUGUUAGACGACCAGCACUGGCACUCUGUUCACAUCGAGCGCUUCAACAAGCAGGUUAACCUCACUGUGGACGCCCACACGCAGCACUUCCAGACCAAAGGAGAAGGACACUCACUGGAGGUGGACUAUGAGCUGAGCUUUGGAGGCAUCCCACUCCCCGGUAAACCUGGCACCUUUCUGAGGAAGAACUUCCACGGCUGCAUGGAAAACCUCUACUACAAUGGAAUCAAUAUCAUAGACCUGGCGAAGAGACGCAAGCUGCAGAUACACAGCGUGGGCAACGUGACCUUCUCGUGCUCGCAGCCCCAGCUGGUGGCGUGCACCUUCCUGAGCUCCAGCAGCAGCUUCCUGUCGCUGCCGUCCGCCGCGUCUGCCACGGGGGGAUUCGCCGUGCGUUUCCAGUUCAGGACGUGGAACCCAGAUGGGCUGCUGCUGUCCGUGCCCCUGAACCCGGAGCCCCAGAGACUGGAGCUGCAGAUCAGCGGCGGCCAACUGCGCCUGACCCUUCACAGCCCGGGACAACAGAAAUCAGAGGUCUCCACUGGCCUCAGAGUCAGCGACGGACUGUGGCACUCGGUGAGUCUGGACACGAGGGAUCGACACAUCGCCCUGACGGUGGACGGCGAGCCGCGCUCCACCACUGAGCUGUGGGAACAGGUGGAAACCAGGGGCAACUUCUACUUUGGAGGCUGCCCCUCCGUGGACUGCCAGGUCUCGACCCCGACCUUCCAGGGAUGCGUGCGGCUCAUAAUCAUCAACAGCCAGCCGAUGAAUCUCAGCCACGUGCAGCAAGGAACGCUGGGAAACUAUAACGAGCUCCAGUUCGACACGUGCAACAUCAGAGAUAGGUGUCUCCCCAACCUGUGUGAACACGGAGGCCGCUGCGCUCAGACGUGGAGCUCCUUCACCUGCGACUGCUCGGGAACAGGAUACUCGGGAGCGACCUGUCACAACUCCAUCUACGAGGCGUCCUGCGAGGCGUACAAGCUGAUUGGCAGCUCCUCCGGCUUCUACUCCAUUGAUCCAGAUGGGAGUGGUCCCCUGGGGCCCGCGCAGGUGUACUGCAACAUGACAGAGGAGAAGGUAUGGACGAUCGUGAGUCACAACGUCACCGCUCCGGUCACCGUGCGCGGCUCCUCGCCGCAGAAACCUCACGUCAUGACGUUCAACUACAGCGCGUCGGCCGAACAACUGCGCGCCGUCGUCUCCGGGUCGGAGCAGUGUCAACAGGAAGUGGUGUACAACUGCAGGAAGUCCCGCCUCUUUAACACGAGAGAUGGCAGUCCUCUGUCCUGGUGGCUGGACCGCGAAGGAGAGAAGAGGAGCUACUGGGGAGGCUUCCUGCCCGGCGUCCAGCAGUGCUCGUGCAGCCUGGAGGAGAACUGCGUGGACAUGAACUACUUCUGCAACUGCGACGCCGACACCGACGCCUGGGCUAAUGACACCGGAAUCCUCUCCUAUAAAGACCACCUACCAGUCAGCCAGAUAGUGAUCGGGGACACCAACAGAACGAGCUCGCAAGCCGUCUACCACAUGGGCCCUCUACGUUGUUAUGGAGACAAGUCGAUAUGGAACGCCGCCUCUUUCUACCAGGAGUCGUCGUACCUUUACUUCCCCACGCUGCAGGCGGAGCUCUCCUCUGAUAUCUCCUUCUACUUCAAGACCAGCGCUCCUUCCGGAGUGUUUCUCGAGAACCUGGGCCUCAAAGACUUCAUCAGAGUGGAGCUCAGCUCUCCCUCAAUGGUGACUUUCUCCUUUGAUGUCGGAAACGGUCCAGCGAUCCUCUCCGUGAAAUCCCACCUGCCCCUGAACGACAGACAGUGGCACUACGUGAGGGCGGAGCGCAACGUGCGUGAGGCCUCGCUGCAGGUCGACCAGCUUCCCCUGCGCUUCCUGGAGGCGCCGGCCGACGGCCACCUCCGCUUGCGGCUCAGCAGCCAGCUGUUCAUAGGGGGAACGGCGUCCCAGCAGAGAGGCUUCCUCGGCUGCAUCAGGACCCUGACGGUCAACGGCGUGAGCUUUGACCUGGAGGAGAGGGCCAGGAUGACGCCGGGGGUGAGCUCGGGCUGCCCCGGCUACUGCAGCGGCUCCAGCAGCCUCUGCCACAACCGAGGGCGCUGCGUCGAGAAGAGCAACGGCUACGUCUGCGACUGCUCCCAGUCGGCGUACGGAGGAACCACCUGUAACCAAGAAGUGUCAGUGUCCUUUGACAGAGAGUCCUCGGUGACCUACACUUUCCAGGAGCCGUUCUCGGUGAUGCAGAACAGAAGCUCGCCGGCCGCCAGCGUCUCCACAGAGAGCAGCAGCAGGGCCAGAGAGGACAUCGCCUUCAGCUUCGUCACCUCCCAGAGGCCGGCCAUGCUGCUGACCGUCGGCACCUUCAGCCAUCAGUACAUCGCCGUCAUCCUCGCCAAAAAUGGGAGUCUGCAGAUCUGGUAUCAUCUUCAAACGGACAGAAGAGCCGACGUGUUCAGCCCCGUUCCCGGGAACCUGGCAGACGGACGCCUCCACCGGAUCAGAAUCCACAGAGUGGGCAAAAACCUCUACAUCCAGAUCGACCAGGACAUCCACAGAAAGUACACACUGUCAUCCGAUGCAGAGCUGAUCCUAAUCAGAUCGUUGACAUUGGGCAAAGUCACCAGGAGGGAAAACCUCAACGAGGAAGUGAUGCAGGCGGCGUCCAAGGGCUUCGUCGGCUGCCUCUCCUCGGUUCAGUUCAACCACGUGGCGCCACUGAAGGCGGCGCUGACGAACCGAGGGAGCUCGCUGGUCACCAUCCGCGGUCCUCUCGUCCAGUCAAACUGUGGAGCGCUGGCCGAGUCCACCUCGCACACUCUGCAAGAUCAAGCAGUAACAGCCAAUAAAGAUAAGGAGCAGCGUGGCAACGGCAGCCAGAGGGAUUUGGCUGUGAUCGCAGGUGUCGUCACGGCCGUGGUCUUCAUCGCCGUGUGCGCCCUCGCCGUGAUGAGCCGCCUCCUCUACCAGCAGCGGCAGGCGCAGAGGAGCAGCAGCAGCAGCGGCGGCAUCAAAGAGGAGCACAGACACAGCAUGUACACAGACUACAGGACUACAGAGCUGCAACUCCACAACACAAUCAGGGACAACAUGAAGGAGUACUACAUCUGACCUGCGGCGCGCACUCUCGGGGGGGCCCGGAGUUUGCCAACGUACCUCGCUCUUGGAAAAGGACUCGCAGGAAAGGAACGUGCUGCUGCGGCAUUGUUUUUCUUUUCCAUUUUUAAUUUUUUUUUUUUUUACAACUAAAACAUCUCUGUACAAGUGCGAGCGAGUGGCUGCCUCCUCACAGCUGUUAGUGUAUUUGAUGUCGGUGAAACUGUCCCAAUCGAGCUGCUGUGGUUUCUGUCGUUGCAAAAAGUAUGUGAAGCAAAAAAAAAAAAAAAAAAAAAAGCCCGGACGGAGGACGGACAUUGUUGAGGGAACAAAGACGGCGGACGCGGGGGGAGGACGCAGCGAUCACACACGCCUCACGUGUGUGUGGACGCGCACAGCUGACACAGUUCUGCUUUGAAAACUCUCAAAUGCUGAAUAUUUCCACAUUUCUGUGGGAAUAAAACUACUCACAAGUCUGGGAAAUGUAGGCCAGGCUUGUAAGAUAUGCGACAUACUGCUGUCCUUUUUAUUUAUCUUUUUUUUUUUAAUUAUGUUGUUGUUGUUUUUUUCCCCUGCGGUGACGGCGAGUGUUGUGGAGGAAGAAAAAAACCGGGACAAUACUGCCUAUACUGUACGAGUGCCUAAUUUGCAUAUGAGUUAUAAUUUAUUUUAGACGUUAUCCCUGUGAUUUGCACAAAAAGGGAAGUCGCAUUUACAGAGUAACAGACACAAGUCAAAGGAAAGCGCUGCGGCGGUUUUUUUUCACCGUUUUCCGAGAACCGUAAGAAGUCCGUUAGCUUCUGUUAGCCCAUGUCAGCUUGACGCUUUCACGAAGUCCAGGUUUUUAUUUUCACCAUUCUAACUCCGGGUUUGUAUAAAUCUAUAAACGCUUGUGUAUAUUGUACCAUGAGAGUAGCAGAAAUAUGAAAUUAGAGGAGAGGAUUUUAGUUUUUACCUUUUUAAAAAACAGUAAUUCCCACAAAUCUGUGUCCACUGAGGAGGUUGAGCGUCCGAACUACCUUUCAGGCAACUCCUCGCGGUGGUUUCUUUGGUGUUCUCUGGCAGCAGUUUUGUAUCAUACAAACAAAGUGUUUUUAUUUCAGCGUGCAACUCACGGCUCCCCCCGCAACCACUGCGAAAGUUGGGAAAAUAUCGUAUAUGCAAAUGGCCUCGAGAGAGAGGGAACAGAAGAUCCUGGAAGUAUCGCAGACCUGUUCGCAAACCAAACUCCUGGGAUAAAGAUUUGGAUAAAGUUAGCCACGAGUACUUAAGAUUUUGUUUUUUUUGUUUUAUUUUGCAACCAAGAAGAUAAAUGGCUGAAAUCAUCGGUUCAUUUAUGUACUGUGUGGAUUACAGGGACACGGUGGUGGUGUUUUCUAAAAACCUUUUUUUUAUACAUAUAUAUAUAUUAUCACUGUAACAAAACCAUACACACGCUUCAAUAAAACAAACAGUCUAGAGCCA